CGUUUGUGAAUCUAUAAAUUUGUGAAUACAUAUAUACAGAGAGGAGAGAGAAUAGAUAAUUGAAUUUGGACAUUUUUGAAAGUUGGAGAAGAGGCGGCGGCGAUGGGAAAUUGCUGCUCCGACGUGGCCGGCGGACAAUCGGCGGUCGGCGGUACCGGAAUAAAUCAGAACGAUCCAGCUUACUCUCCUAACGAGGCCGUCGAUGCCUUCCUUAAGUCUCGCGGUUACCAAGGCCUCUACUCUCAGAUCGAGUUGUCUCUAUCUGCUACCAGCUUGCGCGAUCGUGAUAUGCUUUCCAAGAGUGACCCUAUGGCAGUCCUUUAUUCAAAAGAAAAAGAUGGUUCAUUGAAAGAGCUUAGCCGUACAGAAGUAGUUUUGAACUCAUUGAACCCGAAGUGGAUUACAAAAUAUACAAUUGCUUAUUAUUUUGAGACAGUGCAGAAUUUGGUGUUUCGUGUGUACGAUGUUGACACUCAAUUUCACAAUCAAGAUGUCAAGAUGCUUAAACUGGAAGAGCAGGACUUUCUUGGUGAGGCCAGUUGCACAUUGGCCCAGAUUGUCACAAAGUCGGGCAGGUCCCUGACCUUGGACCUUGUAUGUGGCGAACAAUCUUCUGGUCAAACACAUGCUCGAAAGUUAGGCAAGCUUACUGUUUUAGCUGAAGAAAGUGUCAGCUCGAAGACUACUAUUGAGUUGAGAUUAAGAUGUUCAGAAUUGGAAUCAAAGGAUUUGUUCUCAAAAAGUGAUCCAUUUCUGGUGGUCUCAAAAGCUACAGAAAGUGGAAUAGUGGUUCCAAUUUGCAAAACAGAAGUGAUAAAAAAUGAUCAUUCACCCAUCUGGAAAUCGAUGUUCCUGAAUAUCCAACAAAUUGGAAGUAAGGACAGCCCAUUAACUAUCGAGUGUUAUGACUUCAAUAGCAACGGCAAGCAUAGUUUACUUGGAAAGAUUCACAAGUCACUGUCAGAUUUAGAAAAGUUACAUUCUGCUGGUAUUGGUGCAAAUCUUUUUAUACCAGCUGCUCUGGGACCUAAUCAACAAAACAAGGUUCUGAAGAGUCAGCUUUUUGUGGAAAGCUAUUCUGAGAAAAUCCAGUAUACAUUCCUUGAUUACUUAGCAUGGGGCUAUGAACUCAACUUCAUGGUGGCCAUUGAUUUCACUGCUUCCAAUGGAAAUCCACGCCUCCCUGAUUCAUUGCAUUAUAUCGACCCUUCAGGACGGCCAAAUGCCUAUCAGAGAGCAAUCUUGGAUGUUGGAGAGGUGUUGCAGUAUUAUGAUACAGAUAAACGUUUUCCUGCUUGGGGUUUUGGAGCACGGCCAAUUGAUGGCCCAGUUUCUCAUUGCUUCAACCUAAAUGGUAGCAACAGUUACUGUGAGGUGGAAGGAAUCCAGGGUAUUAUGAUGGCAUACAUGAGUGCUCUUCAUAAUGUUUCACUUGCAGGUCCAACUUUAUUCGGACCAGUGAUAACUUCUGCUGCACAUAUAGCAAGUCAGUCUAUGACGAACAAUGAGCGGAAGUAUUUCGUUUUGUUAAUAAUCACGGAUGGAGUGAUAACAGAUCUCCAAGAAACAAUGGAUGCUCUUGUUCAAGCUGCGGAUUUGCCAUUGUCAAUUCUUAUUGUUGGGGUUGGAGGAGCAGACUUCAAAGAAAUGGAGAUAUUAGAUGCUGAUAAAGGAGAGAGGCUAGAGUCUACAACUGGACGUGUUGCUGUGCGGGAUAUAGUACAAUUUGUUCCUCUCCGAGAUGUACAAAAUGGAGAUGUCUCAGUUGUUCAAUCGCUUUUAGCAGAAUUACCUUCCCAAUUUUUGGAAUUUAUGCGGUUCAGAAAGAUACAGCCGACUUUAUGAUCAUAUUAUUAUUGUACAUAUAGAUGUUGAUUCGCCUAUUGCCCCGUGCUAUUUGCCAUUUUGGAGCUGGCUUCCCAAGACUAAGUUUUGCUUUUAGAUUUCUGUUCAUGUCUUCCUUCAUGUUGCUCAGAAGAUUUAGCUGAUAUUUUUCUUCAGCAUCAUUGAGCCGAGGGUCUAUCGGAAACAGCCUCUCUAUCUCCAUGAGGUAGGGCUAAGGUUUGCGUUCACAUUAUCCUCCCCAGACCCCCAAGUGUGGGAAUAUACUGGGUAUGUUGUUUCUUCAGCAUCGUGUUGUAAUUGAUUUGUUGAUUAAAAAAACCAUGUCCAUUGGCCAUUGCCUUCUGUUCUGCAAAUUCGAGUCUUGUUAGGAGUAAAGGGCGUCGUGAUCACCUUCCAGUUGUGUGAUGAUUGAUUACUUUGCAACAAGCUCCCAACAAGUAAAGGCAGUUGCCCCUGGCAAAAUAACUGGCAGUUUUAAAGGCAGUUGGCAGAACCAAGGUAAUCGAAUAAGCCCGAUGAAUGAGGUGGUGUGACGCCGCCUCUGGCAGUACCAGAAUCCGGCUUCAAUUCGAGCUUCUUGUAUGAAGUAUGACCUUAGAAGUUCUUUUCCUUUGGUGUUGUGGGGUGGUAGUACUUUUAAAUUAUAAUGAGAUUAUUCAGUGCAUAUUUUUUUUUGGA